AUGGUGCCUGAGGACCAGGAGGAGAGUCAGCCGCUCCUGGGGCCGUCCGGCGGCAGCGUCCCCCGAGGCCGCCGCGUCUUCCUCGCCGCCUUCGCAGCUGCCCUGGGCCCGUUCAGCUUCGGCUUCGCGCUCGGCUACAGCUCCCCUGCCAUCCCGAGCCUGCAGCGCGACGCGCCCCCGGCCCCGCGCCUCGACGACGAUGCCGCCUCCUGGUUCGGGGCCAUCGUGACCCUGGGCGCCGCGGCGGGGGGCGUGCUGGGAGGCUGGCUGUUGGACCGCGCUGGGCGCAAGCUGAGCCUCCUGCUCUGCACCAUGCCCUUCGUGGUCGGUUUUGCUGUCAUCACUGCGGCCCAGGACGUGUGGAUGCUGCUCGGGGGCCGCCUCCUCACCGGGUUGGCCUGCGGCAUUGCCUCGCUAGUGGCCCCGGUGUAUAUCUCCGAAAUUGCUUACCCAGCAGUCCGGGGGCUGCUCGGCUCCUGUGUGCAGCUGAUGGUCGUCACAGGCAUCCUCCUAGCCUACGUGGCAGGCAGCAUCCUGGAGUGGCGCUGGCUGGCAGUGCUGGGCUGUGUGCCCCCUUCACUCAUGCUGCUGCUCAUGUGCUGCAUGCCCGAGACCCCAAGGUUCCUGCUGACUCAGCACAAGCGCCAGGAAGCCAUGGCCGCCCUGCAAUUCUUGUGGGGCUCUGAACAGGACUGGGAAGAGCCCCCCACAAGGGAUGAACACCAGGGAUUCCAGCUGGCCCAGCUGAGGCAGCCUGGGGUCUACAAGCCCUUUAUCAUCGGCAUUUCACUGAUGGCCUUCCAGCAGCUGUCAGGGAUCAAUGCCGUCAUGUUCUAUGCAGAGACCAUCUUUGAGAAGGCCAAGUUCAAGAACAGCAGCCUGGCCUCAAUCAUCAUGAGCAUCAUCCAAGUGCUGUUCACUGCUACAGCAGCAUUGGUCAUGGACAGAGCUGGACGGAGGCUGCUCCUGACCUUGUCAGGUGUGAUCAUGGUGUUCAGCACUAGUGCCUUUGGUGCCUACUUCAAGCUGACCCAGGGUGGCCCCAACAACUCCUCACAUGUGGACCUCUUCAUGCCUAUCUCCACACAGCCUGUUGAUCCCAGUGCAGGGCUGGCCUGGCUGGCUGUGGGAAGCAUGUGUUUUUUCAUUGCUGGCUUCGCUCUGGGCUGGGGGCCCAUUCCCUGGCUCCUUAUGUCGGAGAUCUUCCCCCUGCACGUUAAAGGUGUGGCCACCGGCAUCUGCGUCCUCACCAACUGGCUCAUGGCCUUUCUCGUGACAAAAGAAUUUAGCUACCUCAUGGAGGUCCUCAGGCCUUAUGGCGCCUUCUGGCUCACCUCUACCUUCUGCAUCUUCAGCGUCCUCUUUGCUGUGUUCUGUGUCCCGGAAACCAAAGGGAAGACUUUGGAACAAAUCACAGCCCAUUUUGAGGGGCGAUGA